AUGAAUAUAGGAUUCAAAAUUGAAAUCAAGUCAAAUAUUUAUAAGCUUCCUGGAAGAAUUCUUACAUAUGCAUAGCUUGUUGAUCAGAUUAAAUAAAAUUUUAAAGACAGAAUUCCACUUAAAUUCAAAAUAAAUUAUUCUUUUAAUGAUGAUUCAUAAUCUUUAAUUGUAUCUUGCGAAUAAGAAUUCAAACAAUUGAUAGCUUGCGCCGCUGAAAGAAACAUGAAAAAUAUCAAGCUAAAAAUUGUUGAAUCAACAGAUGAAGAUAAUAUACUCAAUGAUUUAGAUGAAUCCUUAUUUAAUCUUUGUGAGCUAAUGGACUGCUUUGAUUUAGAAGACCCUUAACUGAAUUAGAAUUACAGCUUAUCAUGCAUUGACAAGAGUGUAAAUAAUGAAGCUGGCCUCUUCAGCGAAGGUGGAAAUGCCAAAACAUUUGCAAGCUAGUGCGAUUUAGAAGAAAAAUUAAAUUAAUUAGAAAUGGCAUUUAGCCAGGCUGAUGCUCAUAAUAUUGAAAACACAUGCUAAAAUAAUAGAGAUACAGAUUGUAAUUUAGAAAGUGCUUUGAUUUAGAACGAAAAAAAGAUUGAAAGAGUAAUUAAUUUAGAUGAAUCAGCUAUUAUUUUUAUUAGAUCUGAGAAUUACUCACCCAUGCCUUUAAAUUAAGAGUAAGAAUAAUCUAUCGAACUUAUCGGAAAUAGUCAGUUAUAAGAAAGAGUAAAUAAUAACAGUGAGCACAUCGCAGCUAGCAGCUGCAAGUAUUGUUGCAUGGAAAAAUAACAAAAAUCCACUUAAUAGGGGGAGAACAUUUAGAUGAAAUAAUUCAUUAGAUGCGAUAAUUAAAUUAAAUUCUUCUGUAAAUUAAAUGAAAAUUAAUUAGAAUAGACAAAAAUUCCAUCUUUUUCUUCUUUAAACAAUCGCUUGCUGAACUAAGAUUUAGAUUGUAUAUAAUCAAUUGAAAUACCCUCUUAUGUUAAUUAAAUUUUACCUCACUCUGCUUCUUAAUUCACUCCAUUAAUUUCUAAUCUUUAAAAUAUCAUCAAAAAAUAAAAUGAUUUGCCCUUUGAUGAAAAUUUCUCUUCUUCUAUUUCUAAGUCGACUAGAUCCAAUCACAGUAGAACCAAAGAGCAAGAGCUGCAUCAUUAAAAUGAUUAGCUUUUAAGCUAACCAUUUUAACAAUUAUUAUACCAAUCUAAUUCAUUUAGCCAGAGCCCAAUUUGCUCUUAGCUAUUAAAUCAAAACCAAAAAAAGAAUUUGAUUAGUUAGAAUUUUAAUUAAAAUUUUACAAAUGCAGUAGCAAAUCACGAAGAAUUCUCCAACACAACAUCCUAAACAGCUUAAGAAUAAGUAUUAUUCCCUCAUGCAAAUAAUAGAAGAAAAAGUAAAACUACCAUCACGCAUGUUCCUAUCCCUAGCAAAUUAACUAAUAGUAUUUUUGUUGAUAAUGGUAAUUAAAGCACUGUUGAUCAAUCCCAAAUUUCAUUCUUAAAUGGGAGCAACUAAACUAAUUUAGGAACAAACUCUAUCCUAUCUCGCAAAGUUGGUAAAUUUCCUGAUUAAAGCCUAAACCAAUCCAUUACACUCAAUGAAGCUAAUAUUAACAAUACUUAAAAAUUAUACCCCUAUCACUGCUCUUAACAUUUAACUCUUAAACAAAGCCCUCAAUUAAAUAUUUACUGCUCUUAAAAAAUUUAAAGUCACCAGAUGAAUAAUUUUUAUAAUUCAUCUAAUGCUGAUGAUUUUAAGAAUUAAAAAAACAACUUGUAAGUAAUGUAAAAUAAAAUUACAGUAUCAUGUGACAGUAAUAAUAACUAUGCAAAAUAAAGCACCUGCACCUUAUCACCUGAAAGCACACUAGAAAACGAUAGAGGAAGGCGUUAAAGCUAAAAGUUUUAAGUUUGCUCUUAUAGAGCUAAGGUAAUGAACUCCCCUAAAAAGCAGCUUAUUGUAGCUCCUAAUGCUUCAUUUACUGAGGUUAUUUAACUCAAGAAUAAUGGUGAAUUUUAAUGGCCUUAAAAUGUUCUACUUAAAUGCAUAGAAGGUGUUUAUGAAGGAUAAUCAUAAUCGAUUGAAAGUGCAUAAACAUAAUCAGUAGUGACAUCGAUAGUUAACUUUGUUGCCCCAAAUUAAAUUGGAAUUUCUAAAAUUUCAUUUCGUUUAUGCUAUAAUAAGGAUGAAGAAUAAUUGAAAUACUUUGGUCCCAAGAUAACCUUUGAAUUAAAUAUAAAGAUUAAUACAGAAAUAGACAAUUAAUAGGAUAAUUGUGGAGCUAAACAAUUUAAUUCUAAAGAUGCGAGCACAAAUUUAAUAUAAUCUUCAUAAACAGUUUAGUUUGUUUAGUUUCCUUAGAAUAGCUGCAAUUUAUCUUAAAACAAAGAUGAUAAAAUCUCUACAUCCUGCUGCUCCAUUCCCAGCCAAAAUUUAAUCAACUUACAAUAAUAUAAAUAGUAUCUCAAUCAAAAUUCUAUAAAUACUAUCGUGUCUGCUACUUCUACAUCUAUUUCUCCCAUAAAAAGCACAAAUAAUCAAAAUUGCUGUUUAGCAGACAUGCAUAACAAAGUUAAUUGCUCCAAGUUUGAAAAUGUAUUUGACUUUAACAUAGAAUAGAAAAAUGUUUCAAACAUUGAUUAAUUUUAUCUAUUACAAAAAUCUAAUAUAAAUAAUCUUCCUUUUAGAAGAUCUAUAAACAGUAGCUGA